AUGUUUAUAGUUGUUCUGAUAGAGCUAGUCGCUUUAAACGGUUGUGACAUCGGCGUGGAUAUGGUGAUGGACACGAUGUCAUCCACGGAUACCGGGAUGGAAGACGUAGUGGAUGCGAUGUCAUCCACGGACACCGAGAUGACUGAUGCAACGGACAUGGUACCUCCUAUGGAUGAGAUAGUUGACGCCCCACCUGAUAUGGCAGUGAAGUUGGUGUGGUUAAUCAGCUAUCCGUUCGGUGGGAAAGAUGCCUAUAUCGCAUGGGUUGCUUCUGUUGCGCCGACAUUGCAAGCCCCCGAAGAGGUCAAACGGGUAGCAUCUUACGAUAACUACUAUGGUGAGACCCCACAUCGACUCGUGGAGUUUGAAUUUGAUAGUUUCGCGGAUGCGUCGACAUAUCUGAAUCGUCCCGAUAUCGCUGCGGUCCUUGAGGCACUUCCAGAUCACAGCAGCGAGGUGAGCACACAUGUAUAUGUUCAACGCUCCGAUUACUCGAAAAACCAAGCGGCUUCCCGGAAGAUUAAAUCUGUUUACUUAAUUGACUAUCCGCUUGGUGGAAAAGACGCGUAUCUGGAGUGGGUUGCGUCUAUUGCCCAGUCACUGCAAGACCCCGAAGAGAUCAAACGGAUAGCAUCUUAUGACAAUUAUUAUGGUGAGAAUCCACACCGGCUCGUGGAGUUUGAGUUCGAUAGUAUCGAAGAUGCGAAUUCUUACCAAGAACGGCCAGAGUUACAGGCUGUUAAUGCUGAACUGCCGAAUCGGGCAGGUAGUGUGACGCUGCUUACGUUUGAAUUACGUUCAGAUUAUGUCAACGAAUAA